AUGGCAAACUUACCAGAAUCGAUAUGGGGAGACUCACCAUCAGUGGCGGGUCCAAACAAGUCUACUGCCGCUAAUGCUGAAAGAUUGGCAGCGUUGGAGCAGUGGAUUAAGGCUCUCCAAUCCCAUGAAACCCGAGAACGUGCUCUCAUUGUCCUUUCUAAGGUUAGAGAAAAUCGUGAAGAUUUGGCGCCAUUGUUAUGGGACUCGUUUGGCACAGUUACUUUGCUGUUACAGGAAAUAAUAUCGGUAUACGUUUUGCUAUCUUCUUCAAAUCUUACAGAGAGAGUAUCAAACAGGGUAUCUAAUGCCCUUGCUUUAUUUCAGUGUAUAGCUUCCCACCCAGAUACAAGAAAGAAGUUUCUCAAGGCUCAAUUGCCGCAGUAUUUGUACCCCUUUCUGAACAUUAAGAACAAAGAAAAGGCUUAUGAAUAUCUGAGGCUUGCCAGCUUAGGUGUGAUCGGUGCCUUGGUGAAGUCCAAUGAUCCAGAAGCUGUUCUUUUCCUUCUUGACACUCAAGCAUUUCCUAGUUGCCUGGUCAGCAUGGAGGUGGGCACUGAGCUAUCAAAAACAGUUGCCACCUUUAUUGUUCAUAAAAUCUUACUGGAUGAUGAGGGUUUGAAGUAUUGCUGCACUUUUGCGGAAAGGUUUUUUGCAGUGGCUCGUCUUUUGAGGCAAAUGAUUGAAAAAUUUGCAGAAGAACCCUCCAAACGGCUGCUAAAACUUAUUAUUGGUUGUUAUCUUAGACUCUCAGAAAAUCCAAGAGCAUGCGAUGGACUAAGAUGCUGUUUUCCUCUAAGUUUAACAGACAGUACCUUCUUUGGCCUCCUACAAGGUGACCCCAAUACCAUGGAAUGCCUUAGAAAAUUGAUCAACAAUGUCUCUGUCAGACAACGACCAGUAGCUCUUGAGGAAUCACAUGUUCGCAUCAGAGGCUAGGGCACUGUGCCUUUAUCAUCUAAUAUUAUCUAUGUUGUGCUAUCAAUGCGCAUCCAGAUGCUUUAUGUGUUAAAGAGAGAUGUAAUUUAGUGUAACCAGAAAACUAUGCAUCUUUUAACUGUAAACCAUAUUUAGGCCAGACGUGAUGCCUAAUAAAUUUUAAUUUAUCUUUCUGAAUA